AUGACUACCAUCGACCAGAAAGCUCAGAUUGAUUUUGUGGAGGAUGUUGAGCCCCAUGAUAACAAGAAUGGGGAUCUCCUUGUCGAUGCUGCGGGUUCUGUGCAGCGGUUGCCCGUGCCCAGUGAUGACCCCAAUGAUCCUCUGAACUUCACGGUUUGGGAGAAAGCUGGGGUUAUCGUCAGCUGUUGCUGGUUUUCGAUCAUGUCGUUGUCGGUGGUCGGAGGCCUGGGUGCUAUUCUUGGUGUUUUUUUCAAUCUAUAUGUUCCCCAAGGUCAUACCCCAGAUCAGGUUGUGUCGUUGACAACUUACCCUUCCCUUUUUGUGGGGAUUGGAAACUACUUGAUUCUCCCACUGGGCCUUGUGUAUGGUCGUCGCCCAGCAGCAAUCAUAUCGAUUAUUGUGCUCCUGGUUGCAACGAUCGGAUGUGCCGUCUCGCAAACAUUUGAACAGCAUCUUGGCUUGCGUAUUCUUCAAGGCUUGGCGACAGGUGCCACAGAGUCGCUUCUCCCAUUGAUGCUUUCCGAGGUCACAUUCUUGCACCAAAGAGGUAUGGUCUUUGGUCUAUACUGGGCAACACAGAAUGUAGUGACCAGUUGUCUGAACCUGGCUUCCUCAUACGAGGCCGCAGCUUUGGGAUGGCGCUGGUUUUACUGGGUUUAUGUGAUUGCUGUCGGUGCAGGCCUCGUCAUCGUUCUCUUUGGCUGUUUUGAGACUCGCUAUCACCGUGGCGCGAUGGUUGUCAAUGGGCAGAUGGUCAUUACGGAUCAGUUCGGUGUCACGCAGGUUCUUUCCGGCUCCCAGGCUCGGGAUCACUUGCAGGUACUCGAGUCAAAUGACAAUGAGCAUGUCCCGGAGGAGCCCCGGCCUAAAAGGACGUACCUUGAGAUGCUGCGACCCUAUGAUAAACCGGCAAAGAACCCACUUCGAGUGGUUUUGGUAGCUUGGUUUCACAUGUUCGAAGCUUUCGGUUCGCCAGGUAUACUUUACGCCACGUUGUUAUCCUCUGUCGUUCUCGGUUCUACUAUCGGGAUGUCAUUAUCAUACGACGCUGUUCUCCAGUCAUAUGGUUGGCAAGCCAAGAAUGUCGGCUUGAUCAACCUAGGCGGCGUGUUCGGCGGUUUCGGGGGAAUGUUAUACGCAGGUGUGUUUGGUGAUUGGUUUAUUCUACGCAUGGCCAGACGUUCUGGGGGAGUCCAUACCCCAGAACACAGAUUGAUACUGCUGAUCUUGCCUGGAAUCUUGACCGUGGCCUCUCUUCUACUUUAUGGUUUCACCGCGGGAGGAGGCUCGACGUGGGGAGGGCCAUACAUGGGCUGGACUUUGCUCCAGGUUGCCUUUGUGUCGGUACUGAUAUUGGCGACUUCAUUCGCUGCUGAAGCCUGGAAGAAGAAUCCGGGCCCGGCGCUUGUGGCUGUUGUUGGCACGAAGAAUAUUAUUGCCUUUGGGAUAAGCUAUGGUGUGAAUCCGAUGGUUGCAAAAUAUAGCUACCCAGCGGCGAUGGGAAUAUUGGCGGGAGUCACAGGCGGUGUCUUCAUGCUUGGUAUCCCAGUAUAUUUCUUCAACCCUAUGUGGCGGCAAUAUAUGCAGAGAAAAUCGCGGCUUUGA